AUGGAGCCCGGGACCCCUCGCCGCCGCCACACCCCCCAGCGCGGCUACGCCGUCACCCGGAACCCCCACCUCAACAAGGACUUGGCUUUUACCCUGGAAGAGAGGCAGCAGCUGAACAUUCAUGGCCUGUUGCCGCCCUCCUUCAUCAGCCAGGAUGUCCAGGUCCUUCGAGUACUUAAGAGUUUUGAGCGUCUGAGCUCUGACUUUGACAGGUAUCUUCUCUUAAUGGAUCUUCAAGAUAGAAAUGAAAAGCUCUUCUAUAAAGUGCUGAUGUCUGACAUUGAGAAAUUCAUGCCUAUCGUUUAUACUCCCACUGUGGGUCUAGCUUGCCAACAAUAUAGUUUAGCAUUUCGGAAGCCAAGAGGUCUCUUUAUUAGUAUCCAUGACCGAGGACAUAUUUCUUCCGUUCUUAAUGCAUGGCCAGAAGAUGUCAUCAAGGCUAUUGUGGUGACUGAUGGAGAACGUAUUCUUGGCUUGGGAGACCUUGGCUGUAAUGGAAUGGGCAUCCCCGUGGGUAAACUGGCUCUGUAUACAGCUUGUGGAGGGAUGAACCCACAGCAGUGUUUGCCUGUCAUGCUGGAUGUGGGAACGGAAAAUGAGGAGUUACUUAAAGAUCCACUGUACAUUGGACUACGGCAGAGAAGAGUGAGAGGUUCUGAAUAUGAUGAUUUUUUGGAUGAAUUCAUGGAGGCAGUUUCUUUCAAGUAUGGCAUGAACUGCCUUAUUCAGUUUGAAGAUUUUGCCAAUAUAAAUGCAUUUCGGCUCCUGAAAAAGUAUCAAAACCAGUAUUGCACAUUCAAUGAUGAUAUCCAAGGAACAGCAUCUGUUGCAGUUGCCGGCAUCCUUGCAGCCCUUCGAAUAACCAAGAACAAGCUAUCUGAUCAAACAGUUCUAUUCCAAGGAGCUGGAGAGGCUGCCUUAGGGAUCGCACACCUGAUUGUCAUGGCCAUGGAGAAAGAAGGUUUAUCAAAGGAGCAAGCUAUAAAGAAGAUAUGGUUGGUUGACUCGAAAGGAUUAAUAGUUAAGGGACGUGCUGCCUUAACACAAGAGAAAGAGGAAUUUGCCCAUGAACAUAAAGAAAUGAAGAACCUCGAAGCCAUCGUUCAAGAUAUAAAACCAACUGCCCUCAUUGGAGUUGCUGCGAUUGGUGGUGCGUUCUCAGAACAAAUUAUCAAAGACAUGGCAGCCUUCAAUGAACGGCCUAUUAUUUUUGCCUUGAGUAAUCCAACUAGUAAAGCAGAAUGUACUGCAGAGCAGUGCUAUAAACUGACCAAGGGUCGCGCCAUUUUUGCCAGCGGCAGUCCUUUUGAUCCUGUUACCCUUCCAAGUGGACAGACUCUUUAUCCUGGCCAAGGCAAUAAUUCCUACGUGUUCCCUGGAGUUGCUCUUGGUGUUGUGGCGUGUGGACUGAGGCAUAUCACGGAUAAGAUUUUUCUCACCACUGCUGAGGUCAUAGCUCAGCAAGUAUCAGAUAAACACUUGGAAGAGGGCCGGCUUUAUCCUCCUUUGGACACCAUUAGAGAUGUUUCUCUGAAAAUCGCAGAAAAGAUUGUGAAAGAUGCAUACCAAGAAAAGACAGCCACAGUUUAUCCUGAACCCCCAAACAAGGAAGCAUUUGUCCGCUCUCAGAUGUAUAGCACUGACUAUGACCAGAUUCUACCUGAUUGUUAUCCUUGGCCUAAAGAGGCCCAGAAAAUACAGACCAAACUUGACUAG